UCUUUUUCUUCCCCCCCUUCCUCCCCCCCACCUUUUUUCCUCCCUAUUUAUAUCUGGCAUCCUCGUUGCUCGCUCUAUCGCCCCACGCCAUGUCCGGCCAUACUUCCACUGCUUCUACCCAACCAUUCACCGGCUCGGCCGAGGUCCGACGCCGUAUCGCCGGGGGGAACCCUCCAAAUCAGCCCUCCUACGAUGCCUCGGCGCAGCCAUUUACCGACUCUGCUGAAGCUCGGCGUCGUGCCGGAGUUGCUGCCCCGGAACCGGCGCCCCAGCCGCUCCAACCGACAGCUGACGAACCACUGCCACCAGCACCCAUGCCUCACCAUCACAUCCAUGAUACCAGCCCAUCCGAGCCGCCACUCCCUCCGCCCACAUCUAGACCCCUUGAUUUUCCCAUCGAGGGCCUGGCCGAGGUGUUUGCCAAUGCCUCUCUAGCCACGUUGCCGGAUGCUCGACUGGUGCUUGCGUCCCCCGCUGGCAUCUCACGAGACGGCUCGGAUCCCGUCAUCAUCCCUCUUCCAGGGGGGUAUCGGCGGUUGGGAAUACGGUUGGCAUCGUCCAGCGGACCCGCGACGUUGAUUUUGUUAUCGACCUCCCAUUCUGGAUCCAGAGCAAAACCAAGACUUUUCAGUGGACACGCCAACAACUCAAAUGCCACCUGUACUGUGAUCCCGCCAGCGACGAUUGCCUCUUAGUUAAUGAGUCCUUGGGCCAUAUGUGCCUGACCCGCCUCGUCCCUGCUGGAGAUGAUCAACCCAUGGUUGUACGUUUGUCCCGGUUCGAUCGCCACGUAGUUUCUCCUGACGUGUGGGGAAUCUCUAUUUUCGAGCACACGGAUCUUCGCCAACGUUUGCUUGACUUUG